AUGACACACAUAUCUGAACGACGACACAUACAUCUGGACGACGACACAUAUCUGGACGACGACACAUACAUCUGGACGACGACACAUACAUCUGGUCGACGACACACAUCAACGACACACAUUCUUGCGACAUCACCGACGACCCAAGACAAGAAGACAUCACUCGACCAGAGCUUUCUGCACACGCGUCAGAAGCGUAAGGCAUUCAGGAUGAUGACAUCAACGGACGAGUCCUGGUGCCGGAUCCUAUAG